AUGACGCAGAAAAAUUGCCAAUUCCAUUGGCAUCGAGGACUCUUACCUGCUUAUUACCCAAAUCUGGGAGGUGGCAUCAGAAAGGAGGGAGCAGGAAGGCACAGGCCAAACGCUCAUCUCAAUGGCUGCCUCAGCCAUGCUCUGACAACUGAGCUGAUGGGAAAAUUGCUCAAAUGUCAGAGAAAAAUUCCUUGGACAGCGGCGUCGAGUCAGCUGAGAGAACUCUUUGCACAGUUUGGCCAUAUAAAAAGGUGUAUCGUACCUUUUGACAAGGAGACUGGUUUUCACAGAGGUAUGGGUUGGGUUCAGUUUUCUUCAGAAGAACAACUUCAGAAUGCACUACAACAGGAAAAUCAUAUUCUAGAUGGAGUAAAGCUCCAGGUUCAAGCUCAAAGGCCACAAAUUUUGCAAAUACCUGAUGAAGAGAAAGAUUUUUGAGACUGCCAGCCUAUUAAAUAAAGUUAAUGUAAC